AUGACAAUUAAAAAUAGAAUUAAAGAUUUAAAUAAAAAUAAAUUAACAAAGUUAGAUUUAAGUGCAUUAAAAAUUACAAGUGUACCAAAAGAAUUAACUAAAAGUAUAUCAGAUUCAAAAAAUGUAGUAUUAAAAAUAAUAGAACUUGAUUUAAGUUUUAAUCAAAUCAAAACUGCACAGUUUUUAGAAGAAUUUGGCACCAUUUCAAAUGAUUUUUCAAGUUUAGAAGUUUUAAAUUUAAUGGGAAAUGUAUUGCUAGAUUUUAGUAUGUCUGUAAUAAAGUCACCAGUAUCAAUUACAAAAUGGAAUAAUAUAUGCGAAUUAAACCUAUCUGGUUGUAAAAUUACAAAAGUCACCAAUCUAUCGUUCGUUCAUCUUGUAAAAUUAAGAAAGCUCUCGUUGGCAAACAACAAUAUCGAAGUCAUUGAAGAUCAAUCAUUUUCAUACUUUAAAAAUACACUUGAAGAGUUAUCAUUGGCUGGUAAUUCAAUCAAGCAAAUUCCAACAUCAUUGGUAGAGUUAAAAAGUUUAGAAUUAUUGGAUUUAAGCGGUUGUCCAAUUCAAAAUUUACCAGAUGGUUUAGGAAAUAUGAUCUCUCUUUUAGAAAUGAACCUUGGCAAUUGUAAGUUAACAGAACUUCCAAAUUCAAUUGGUAAAUUAAAAAGACUAUGUGUUUUAGAUAUUCAAAAUAAUCAUUUAAAUGAUUUACCACUCUCAAUUGGCUAUUGCAUUGGUUUGGGUCAAAGUUCAUCCGGUAUAAAUAUCUAUGGAAAUUCAUUUUCAAAUAAUUCCGAAUUAAAAUCAAGACAAUCAAAGGGAGCAGCUUUAAUUAUGGACUAUCUCGAAAAAAGAGUAACACUCCAUGUUGGUGUUAUUCCAUUGGGCAGUAAUAAUAGCAAUAAUAAUUUACAGCAGCAAUCAAUAAAUGUAUCUAUCCCAAGUCCACGUCCAAGCCGUCCACCACAAUACGAUAAAAUAAAUGAAGAUAGACCCCCACAGUACCAAAGUAUUGUUUCAUCCAGUGGAUCAAAUGGUAGCGUGUCCAUUGAACACGCCAUUAAUAUCCCAGGUCCAAAACCAUUAAGAGAAAAGAUUAAUGACAUUCUUCGUAACGAUAUUAAAAUAUAUAUGAAACAGUUCUUUGAUGCAAUUAGUCAAACCAACAACAAUGCACCUCAAAUUCAAGCGAACCAAUUGAUUGCUAUUGGAAAUAUUUUAACACCAGCCCAAAACGAAAUGGACCAAUUAUUUAAAACCUUUUCAAUAGAUACAUCUAAAAUGGUUUAUAAUUCCCCAAUGCCCAUAAAUGGCGAGGAUAAAAUAUUGCAAAUUAAAAAAAUUAUAAACUUGAAAUUAGAACACAUUGCAGUCCAUUCAAGAUUUUUACUAGAUUAUAUGGAUCAAAUAUCCCAACCAAAUAAACUAUCAUCCAUGGAAUAUGACAAAAGAAUUUCAUUAAUUAAUCACACUCUACAGUCAUUUGUUUUGAAAUUGGCAUUAAUAAAAAAUGGUUCACAUUUAUCUAUAUUUUUAACAAAGAAAUAUAAAAAUUAUAAAAUAAUUGUAAUUGAUAAAUUAGAUUAUUGUUCGAAUUUAAACAAUUUAAACAGUAUUAUAAACGAGCCAAAUUUUAAAUUUUAUAAAGGAAAUAUAUUGGAUGAAGAUUUUUUAAAUAACCUUUUUAUAAAAGAAAAUAUAGAUACAGUAUUUCAUUUAGCAGCCUAUACACAUGUAGAUGAGUCAUUUAAAAACUCAAUAAAGUUUACAGAGAAUAAUGUUUUAGGUACUCACUAUUUAUUAGAAGUUUGUAAAAAUUACAAUAUUUCAAAAUUUAUUUAUAUUAGUACUGAUGAAGUUUAUGGAAGCGGAUUAAUAAAUGAUGAAUAUUGUAAUAAAAAAGAUAUUAUUAUAAAUAAUGGUGAAAAUAAUAGUGUUGAUUAUAAUAAUGUUAACAAUAUUAACAAUAAUAAUAAUAUUAAAAAAAAAAAUAUAAAAAAUAAAGGGUCAAUCGAAAAUAAAACUAUAUCGACGACACUUAUUGUCAUAUUAUUAGUAACGAAACAAUAG